AUGAGGCAAGGACGAGACAGCCGAUAUCGUCGAGGUGAUGACAUAUCGGACUUUCCAAUCGAAGAGGCACGGCUUGCGGGGAUCUACAUGCUAGUUGCUCUAAGCUCAGUUACCACCGCAGGCUAUGGAGUGAGUCUCAUGCAAGAAUCGCACAUUGCCGUUCCUUUGGUGAUGCAAUUCAUAAGCGGUGCCACCACCUCGAGUAUAUUCACAGUUUGCGGCACCCUUCUGACGGAUUUGAACCCCAAAGCAUCAGCAACAGUCCAGGCGUCGUACAAUCUUGUACGGUGCAUUGGAGCGGGCGCUGCCAUCGCGGCUCAGCAACCCUUGACAAACGCCACGGGCUUAGGCUGGAGCUUUGGCAUAUUUUCACUGAUUAUGUUGUUCGCAGCCCCGUUGGCCAUGUUGCUCAGGAAAAAGGGUCUGAGAUGGAGGGUAUCCCCGAAAACCUGA